UCAGGACUCAGGACUCACUCGGCCGUAGGCGGGUAUUUGUUUCCCUCGCGGUUCUCUCAAGUCUCAACCUCUCAAACCAUCAACAAGCGACGCCACCAAGAUCCACCCGCUCGCUCGCCUUUUCUUUCUCACCGCGCACAGCCAGCCACUAAAUCCGCGGCGCACUGGUGCCAGAAUGCCGGUAGUACUCACGUAGUUUGCCGUGGUCAUUUGUUGAGCGGCGCCGGAUCACCACCUCCCGGAUCGCACCACUUGCACAGCCCUCGCGUCCGCCCAAUCGCCCCAGUUCACCGCAUCAACGAAACCCAUUGGCGGCGCAGAUCCGACCUAGACGUCGACAGAGAGGCACGGCUACACAGGUCCCGAGGGGAGUCGGCAUCGGACGACGAUUCGACCACACUGAUGGGUCUGCUCUGUGAGAGGGCCGUUGGGCUGUGAUGCGCCGGGACCGCUGACGAGUGCCCAAGGGAACGGACGGACUUUCCCAGUCCUUCAUCGUUGCCAACGGGUGUAUAUAUCUACUGAUACUGGCCGUGUGGAAGAGCUGGGAAGUUGUGUGCCCUCAACACCAAGGAUUGACGACGAUGGCGUCCCGCGAUGAUGCAGACGAGGAGCGCGCGGCGCAGCCUGCACCGUCCCGCAGUCCCAGUCUCUCCUCGACAUCGAUGUCCACGGCGUCAUCGUCUUUCGAUCCCGAGCGCCUGGCUCAGAACGACGGCCAUGACCAACAUCAUCACGACGACGACGACGACGACGACGACGACGACGACAGCGACGCUCCACGCUCGCAAGCCUCCAUCACGUCCUCGUCCCAUCCGCGGGUCGCCUGGCUGCCCGCCUCGCACCACCACCAACACCGCAGCACGCUCGAGGCGCAGCUCUACGCCUCGCACCUCCUCUCGACGGCCAACUCGCGCCUCUUCGAGUUCGGCGCCGUGCUCUUCCUCGCCGCGCUCUUCCCGCGCACCCUGCUGCCCAUGUCCGUCUACGCCCUCGCCCGCAGCGCCGCCGCCAUCCUCCUCGCCCACCCCGUCGGCGCCUGCAUCGACCGCCGCGGCCGCCUCGCCGUCGUGCGCGCCAGCAUCGUCGCCCAGCGCGUCGCCGUGGCCGCGAGCUGCGCCGUCCUGUGGGCCAUGCACGUUGCGCUGAAUGCUGGUGGUGCUGGUGCCGGUGCUUCUGAAGCUGGAGCUGCUUCUGAUGAUGCUGGGGUUGGUGCUGCUGUGUCCUCUGCUGAUGAAAGCCACCGCGACGACAGCACCCCGCAGAUCAUGCUGCUACUACUCAGCAAGAGGCGCGGCAGCAUCGACGGCCUCUUUGCCGUGCUGUGCGUGUUGGCGUGCGUGGAGAAGCUCGCGGCCAUGGCGAACCUCGUGGCCGUGGAGCGCGACUGGGUCGUCGUCAUGACCGAGGGGGACGAGGACUGGCGCCGAGUCGUCAACGCCCGCAUGCGCCGCAUCGAUCUCUUUUGCAAGCUUCUCGGGCCCCUCUUCAUCUCCCUCGUCACGGCCGCGUCCACGCUGAUCGCGAUAUGGACCGUCCUCGGCCUCAACGUCGCCUCCGUGCUCGUCGAAUACAUCUGCAUCGCGCGUGUCUACAAGAGCGUCCCGGCCCUCCAACGACCGCCCCCUGGAUCUACGGCAUCUCGCUCUUCAUCGGCCGACCACCCUUCUGCUCGCUCAUCCAUGGCGGCGUCUCUCGCCAGCCGCAUCCUCCCCAUAUCCUCCCUUCCCUUCUACGUCCGCCACCCCGCCUUCCUGCCGUCCUUUUCGCUCGCCCUGCUCUACCUCACCGUGCUGUCCUUUUCCGGGCAAAUGGUCGCCUUCCUGCUCUCCGUCGGGUACACGCCGCUGCACGUCGGCCUCGCGCGCACGGGCAGCACCGCCGUCGAGCUCAGCGCCACGUGGGCGGCGCCCUGGCUGGUGCGCCGCGUCGGCGCCGUCCGCGGCGGCAUCUGGAGCCUCAGCUGCCAGAUGGUCUUCCUCGCCGCGGGGCUGGGCUGGUUCCUCACCGCCGAGUUCGAGGGCUCGCCCGCCGGCAGGCUCGCGUCCGCGACGGGCCUGGCCGUGUGCGUCGCCUUCAGCAGGCUCGGGCUCUGGGGCUACGACCUGUGUGCCCAGGCGAUUGUGCAAGACGUGAGUUUCCCCCCUUUGUUCUGCGAUCAAGACGCCGUAUUCCGACAACAGGCAUCACCACUGACAAACAUGCGCGCCACAGGAGGUGGAGGCAGAGUUUCGCGGCACCUUCUCGACGGUCGAGGCUGCGUUCCAGAACCUCUUUGAGCUGCUGUCGUUUGCAUCGACCAUUGUCUUCUCCCGGCCGGACCAGUUCCGGUGGCCCGUCGUCAUCAGCACGGCGGCCGUGUACAUCGCGGGGGGGCUGUACGCAUGCUUUGUGCGGCGGCGUCGCGGGCAUCUCUUCCACGCACCGCCGUGCAUGAGGGUCAAGGCAGAGCGGCCAGCGGACUACUUGGUCGAUGAGGACCUUUUCUGAUGGCCCGCAUCGGGUACAGAGAACCAAAAGCUCAACAUAGAAAGACUUUUCUUCCAUCUUGGCUGUAAUAUAAUUGUGCAAGAUAAAAGAAAUGAGUCGCUA